AUGUCCCCCAGCCCCCACAUGCGGACCACGCCCAAAGAGGCCUCCCCUCCCCCUCCCUACCGCUCUACCCCCUCCCCUCCUCCCGCCUCUCGCCCGCUACCACCCAACGCCCACGUCCGGCCUCUCCACCGCAGGCCACGAUCGACCACCCCAGAUGCCCAUCGCUGGCUCUCUCAAGACGAAGGCCGCCGUGCAUCUCGUCCCUCGCCUUCGGCCCAAUGUGUCAACAGGAACGUCGACGGUAAUGCGCGAACUGGCGAUGCCGGCCCGAGUACCAGGGCCCACCGGGAGAAUCUUGAACGGUCUUUUCGAGGGCACGACGCUGUGCGUCAAGAGGAAAGCGUCGCGCAGGUGCAGGAUGUUUCCAGGCGACGAAAGCACGGCAGGUCGGUGUCCUUGACCAGAACUCCAAAAGAGGACUCUGUCGAUGCGCGAUCGCGCCCCGUCAAGGAGGAUCAGGCGCCCGAGGCGCCAUCGAAAGACACGCUUUUGAGCGCCACUGUCGAUGGGCCAACAUUGCGCGUACCAACACCUCCUCCAGGCAUACCAUGCCCUAGUACGAUCGGAACAGUACCCGAUUUCAUAGACGGGCGCGGGGGAGAUGGCAUCGGCGCCAGUGUUCCAAGUCGUACAACUUUCCACGCUCCGAUCGUCGCAGCCGACGAGGAGCUGUCUGGGGUAGAAGCCAAGAAGGCGCUGCUCGACAAGCUGGAAGGUCAUCUGCAAUGCCCGGACUGUCCUCAAUCCCGUCGUUCCCUCUUGCACAACCCCGUCACACUCCCCUGCGGCCACACCCUCUCGGCCUCACACCUUUCCUUCCCCGCUCUGCCUCCCAUGGCUCCUGUCCAAGAUAUGCACGACCCCGACGAAUUGCUCGCUGUCCAACAACGGCGCCACCAGCAGAAACUCGCUCUAUGGGCUGGGGUCAGGUGUACUGUGGUAGAGUGUAAGCGUUACGCUGGUGCUACUGAAGAGCAGGAGGCGCAUGAUGAAAGACCUGCAGGUGUACCGAUCUUUCCUGUGCCACCUCCAUUUGUCCCGCCUAGCAUCAACGCGCCCGUUGACAAUCUCCCCCCGGCCUACUCGUUCAUCGCUGGGCCCAAUGUCCCGAGCACAUUGCCUCUCCUCGAUACGCGGAUCGAAAAGCUCAUCCAUCUGAUUCAGGUGGAGGAGGAAAGGCUCAAGGUGGAAGAAGAUGGUGGGAUGGAAGUUGGCAGGGUCAGACAGGAUAUGGGCGAUUCGUCUGGCUCGUCGUCGGAUGAUGAGCAUGAUGCUUCGGGGGAUGAAGGGUUGCCUUCAGCACCGAGGCCGCCACGGUCGACCAAGCGGUGCAGAAGGCGACUUUUGCCUCAGCAGCGACAGACAGGCGCAGAGGACGAGUGGCAGUUUAAAAAAGAGUUGAUACUCAACACCGAGUGUGAUGUCUGUGCCAUGACGCUCUAUGAGCCUCUCACUACGCCGUGCCAACAUAGCUUUUGCCGAAAGUGUCUCUCGAGAACGUUGGAUCACUCUCCCAGGUGCCCCGUCUGUCGCCAGGAUCUUCCUAGCUUUACAUUCUUCCAGGACCAUCCAUCGAGCAAGACGCUCAUGUCUGUUUUGACCACCGCCCUCCCCGCGGAAUACGCCGAACGCCGAUCGUCCAUCGAAUCCGAAGAACGCGAAGCCCUCCUCUCCACUCCCCUCUUUGUCUGCACCCUCGCCUUCCCCGGCAUGCCCACUAUCCUGCACGUGUUUGAACCGCGGUACCGGCUCAUGAUCAGGCGCUGCAUUGAAUGGGGAUCGCCCCGUUUCGGUAUGGUUCUGCCUGCCAGGGGCACGGGCCCGGAGAAUCUGCAGGGCGUGAUGGAGUAUGGGACGAUGCUCGAGAUUCAGAGCGUGCAGAUGUUGCGGGAUGGGAGGAGUAUCGUGGAGACUGUGGGGACGCACAGGUUUAGGAUCUUGGAGAAGGGGAGUUUGGAUGGGUAUACCGUUGGGAGGAUCGAACGAAUGGAUGACAUCUCACCAGAAGAAGAAGAAGAGAUGGAGCGGCAGGCGGUGGAACGCAGGGCGCAGGCCAACAGGUCUUCCACCUCUGCGCCCAUCUCGCCUUCACUGGCACCAACCUCUCUCCAAGCCCUCCCCAUGACCCAUUCCUCCUCGACACCACGUCUCUCCAUGCCAACGCCUACAGCCCCAAACGUUCUCCAGCCCCCAGGCGGUGGCGGGAUGGAUUUCGCCGCUCUCGCCGCUCAAUCAGCUGCCAACAAUACCCCUCCCUUCCAUGCGCCCUCACCCGAAGACACGCCCGAGUCGACCGAAGAGCUCAUGUCGAUAUGUCGCGCGUUCAUCGACCAGCUGCGAUCUGGCUCUGCCCCCUGGCUCUUGCAGCGGCUGAACAAUACGUACGGCUCGAUGCCAGAAGACAAGAGCGAGUUUAGCUAUUGGAUGGCGCUGGUGAUGCCGAUUGACGAGUAUGAGAAGGCGAGGUUGUUGCCGAUCAGGAGUGCGAGGUUGAGGCUCAAGCUGAUUGUGUAUUGGGUAGAAAGUCUGAGGGGAUCGUGGUGGUAA